UCACAAGUAGUAGUGGUGAGACUAAUUCAGUUGCAUGGUGAUGGGAAGACAACCUUGCUGCGACAAACUUGGAGUGAAGAAGGGGCCAUGGACAGCUGAGGAGGACAAGAAACUCAUCAACUUUAUUUUCAGCAAUGGCCACUGCUGUUGGCGAGCCAUCCCUAAACUUGCUGGCCUCCGUCGCUGCGGCAAAAGCUGCCGGCUUCGUUGGACUAACUAUCUUCGGCCUGACUUGAAGAGAGGUCUUCUUACUGAGGCUGAAGAGCAACUAGUCAUCGAUCUUCAUGCUCAUCUUGGCAAUAGGUGGUCCAAGAUAGCAGCUAGGUUGCCAGGAAGAACUGAUAAUGAGAUUAAGAAUCAUUGGAACACCCAUAUAAAAAAGAGGCUGCUGAAAAUGGGAAUUGAUCCAGUUACUCAUGAGCCCAUCCAGAAAGAUACUAAGGCUGAAGAAAUUUGCUCUCGUGAUGAUGGUGUCAUCAACAUGGAAGAUAAUUCGAGCUCACAGACUGAAAACUCUUCUUGUGAAGAUUCACGUUUGCUUGAAAAUAUUUGCAAAGAUGACACGUUAUUGAACAGCUUGUGGAUGGACGACCCUCCCCAUAUUGAUGGUGCAUCCCGGAAUAAUGAAACUCCUGAUGAAAAUGUCAGCAACAUAAGAUUGCCAUUUGGGGAGGAUAACUGUUCUUGGUUAUUGGAUUGUCAGGAUUUUGGCAUUCAAGACUUCGGAAUCGAAUGUUUCAAUGAUGUUGAAUUUAACACACUCACCACGUUGGAGAUGGGAGAAGGGAAACAUUAGUAGUAGCACCAUGAAAGAGAUUUAAGCUUGAAAACUCUAUGUAAAUGUUCCGAAGUACCAUAUCUAGCUCAUUUUUUAGGUUCUCA